AUGUCGUCUGAUGGCUCUGCCUGUAACGUCGUUGAUGCCCGUGACCAGUUCAUGCAUCUACGCGUCGCAUCCAUUUUUAUCAUCCUAAUCGGCUCUUCUUCUGGUGCUCUUUUCCCUGUUCUCGCAAAACGGUCUUCAUGGCUGCAUGUCCCAAAAAGUGUUUUUGAUUUCGCAAAAUACUUUGGAUCUGGGGUGAUCAUUGCUACGGCAUUCAUCCACCUUCUUUCACCUGCGAUCAGCGCACUGAGUUCGCCGUGUCUACCUUCUGGAUGGUCAGAAUAUCCUUAUGCUUUUGCGCUGUGCCUUUUGAGCAUAUUUAUUAUAUUUAUUGUUGAGAUCGUUGCCUUUCGGUGGGGAACGUCGAAGCUCAAGGAAGUGGGAAAAUCACACGAUGCGCACGGUCAUAACCUUGGCUCCCAUGCCGCGCAUGGACCGGAAAGCAAAGCCGAACAAGCCUCGACUCUGCAGAAGGAGGUCAGCAUUGAGAAAGUUGAGUCCGGAGAGGACCAUCAUCACGAGCACUCUCUCGAGGACUCGGCAACAACGCAACUCAUCGGCGUUGCGAUCCUUGAAUUUGGUCUUGUCCUUCACAGCGUCCUGAUUGGCCUAACUUUAGCAGUUGACGAAGGGUUCAAAGUGCUCUUCAUCGUUAUUGUCUUCCAUCAAACAUUCGAGGGACUGGGGAUUGGAUCGCGGUUAGCUCAUUUGCAGCUCCCCGUUCAUUUAAACUGGAUACCAAUCGCUGGCGCCUUCUUGUAUGGGAUAACAACUCCCAUAGGGAUCGCCAUUGGACUCGGCAUAAAAGGCACAUACAACCCUGGGAGUGCCACGGCGUCAAUAGUCAGCGGCGUUCUUGACGCGCUGAGUUCUGGAAUUCUCGUGUAUACCGGCCUAGUGGAGUUGUUCGCACACGAAUUCCUCUUUAACCAAGAAAUGAUGGAAGCGUCAAAUGGGAAGCUUGCGUAUGCUGUGGGCUCAAUGUGUCUUGGCUGUGCUAUCAUGGCACUCCUUGGAAAGUGGGCAUAA